AUGAACGGGAAGCUAGUGAAAAUUUUGACAGCCUUGUUUGCAUUUUUCUUAGAGACAAACCACUUCAGGGCGGCUUUCUGUAAAGAACAUGAUUCCAGAUCUGGAAAAUCCCCCUCACAGACCCUGUCUCCUUCAGAUUUUUUGGACAAAUUGAUGGGAAGGACAUCAGGAUAUGAUGCAAGAAUCAGACCAAAUUUUAAAGGUCCUCCUGUAAAUGUUACCUGCAACAUAUUUAUCAACAGCUUUGGUUCAAUAGCAGAAACUACAAUGGACUACAGAGUGAACAUCUUUUUGAGACAGCAGUGGAACGACUCACGCCUGGCUUACAGUGAAUAUCCCGAUGACUCCUUGGAUUUGGAUCCAUCUAUGUUGGACUCUAUUUGGAAGCCUGAUUUAUUCUUUGCCAAUGAGAAAGGUGCAAACUUCCAUGAUGUUACAACGGACAACAAGUUGCUGAGGAUUUCUAAGACUGGGAAAGUGCUAUACAGUAUCAGGCUAACAUUAACCUUAUCGUGUCCAAUGGACUUGAAGAAUUUUCCGAUGGAUGUGCAGACUUGUACAAUGCAACUAGAAAGCUUUGGGUACACUAUGAAUGAUCUGAUAUUUGAGUGGCUAAGUGAUGGUCCAGUGCAAGUUGCUGAAGGCUUAACCCUGCCACAAUUUAUUUUGAAAGAAGACAAGGAACUUGGUUAUUGCACAAAACACUACAACACCGGAAAGUUUACAUGCAUUGAAGUCAAGUUUCAUUUGGAACGUCAGAUGGGAUACUAUUUAAUCCAGAUGUACAUUCCUAGCCUGCUGAUCGUCAUUUUGUCCUGGGUUUCUUUCUGGAUCAACAUGGAUGCGGCUCCAGCCAGAGUCGCUUUGGGCAUCACUACAGUCUUGACAAUGACUACACAGAGUUCAGGAUCCAGAGCUUCUCUUCCAAAAGUCUCCUAUGUAAAAGCUAUCGACAUUUGGAUGGCUGUGUGCCUUCUCUUUGUGUUUGCUGCAUUACUGGAAUAUGCAGCAGUCAACUUUGUUUCAAGGCAGCACAAGGAGUUUCUGAGGCUUAGAAGAAGACAAAAGAGACAAAACAAGGAAGAUGACGUUACCCGUGACAGUCGAUUCAAUUUCAGUGGUUACGGGAUGGGUCACUGUCUCCAGGUCAAAGACGGCACCGCAGUCAAGGCCACUCCUCCAAACCCCCCUCUGGCGCCACCAAAGGAUUCAGAGUCCAUCAGAAAGAAGUUUGUUGACCGUGCAAAAAGGAUUGAUACAAUAUCCCGAGCUGCGUUCCCACUAGCCUUCCUCAUUUUCAAUAUCUUUUACUGGAUUACGUACAAAAUUAUACGGCAUGAGGAUAUUCACAAGAAAUAG